ACAGACACUUUUGACGUAAAUGCAUGGAAGUCGAUUGUUUUUAGAUAACAUUUUUUUACCUUAACCGUUCCGCGUUAUAUAUUCGUUUUAUUUUUUGAUGCAGUGAUACAUUUUGAGGCUUCUAGCCUCCACAAUUAUGGUUCUCAACGCCGCUGUACAGAUGUUGAGGGAGGCGGAGGAGCUGAAGCAAAACAUUUUGAAAUUCAAAAGUGAGACAUCCAUGCUGCAGGAGCGCAAUCUUUGGUCGCUGCAGCAACAGCUUCAAAAGAUCUACCAAAAAGUUCUGGUCCUGGACCUGGACUAUGCCCUGGAUAAAAAAGUCGAGCAGGACCUUUGGAACGUUGGCUUCAAGCAGCAGAUUGAGGCUCUGCAGUCGAUUUCUAAAGAUAGAAAGAGCCCGCUCCGGAGCGAGGGCGCCGCCAUGCUGUCGUGGGUGCUGCAAGCCGCCGCCGGCUUCUACCUGUGUCUGUUGCACCAGAUAUGCACUGCUUUUAAACUGGACCUACCAUUUAGACGUCGGGCCUCCCUUCUGGGCUGGGUGGAGGGCUGGAGCCCCGCCCCCGCCCCCGCGGGUCCCAAGCUCCCUCCCCCCGCAGCGGCGCGCUACAUAUGCCAACACUGCCUAGUGCAUCUAGGUGACCUGGCACGGUACAGGCAGCAGCCUAGGGUGGCUUAUACUUUUUACAGGCACGCGUUGGUGGUCUCCCCCCACUCCGGCCAGCCGUACAACCAGCUGGCGCUGCUGGCGCGCCGCCGCGGGCGCCGCCUGGGCGCCAUCUACUGGCACGUGCGCGCCAUCCUGGUGCGCGCGCCAUUCCCGCCGGCGCCCAUCAACCUGACCAGGACGCUGCAGGACGCGGCCGGCCAAGUAGCUCCGGCAGCGCCUGCCCUCCUCCCCGGACGCACUACAGCCUGCCCGGCAUUCGCCCCGCCGCGCGACGCGCACGCUUACGUCACGCUGUUAAUACGCGCCGUGCGCGACAUCCACACAGGGGAGAGAUUGAGAGCGGCAGAACAAUUAGUAGAGACCCUGAACACGGCCCUCACAUCUCUAGUGGCCACCGACAGUUUUGAAUCCAUGACUCUGAUAAAGAUGGUAUGCGUUAUAAUAUGGCUGGUCCAUACCACAACGGACGAGCUGACCGCCACGGAACAAGCGUUGAGCGACAGCGAGUCCACAGCCGCAUUGUUGAGCCAGACGCUGGCUGUGGGCACGCUUCUGGCGCUCUUACUGCCGUCGCAUACGGCUGAGAGCCCUUUAGACCGAGCGUUACCCGCACUGAAAGUGUGCCUAGAAUGGGUUCUGCAGUACCCGCAGCUGGUGCGGUCGGCGCCGUUCGCUGCGCGCCCGCAGCUCUGGCACGCGCUCGCGCACACCCUCAACAAACUGCCUAGCCAGGACAGCGACAAAUAUGACACCGUACCCCUGCCCGAGGACGAAGAGCUCCACGGCUUCCAGCCCCUCGAGCGGUCGAUGGAGCACCUCGAGUUCUGCCACCACGCCGCUUGGGACACGUAUGGGCGCAAUGUCCCUGAUGUAGAAGACGAGAAGCCAUUGGAUCAGGAUGAGCCCCACCCGUCCGUGGUGUCUCCGGACUGCCUAAGCAACGACCCCGAGCUGGAGGCCCGCGUGAGGGCGCACCGCCUGGUCGCGCUCGGGUCUCGUCUCGCCGCCAUUUCUCCCGAAAACUUUUCUGUCGCCGUCGAAAACAACACAACAACGUUCACGGCGUUGUGCCACGGCGGCGAGUUGACGCUCGUUGAGGCGUCACGCCGCGCGUCUCAAGACGCACCGCCGCCCGUCGUCAUCUCAGAGGCUGAUUUUAGGGAGAAAGUACGGGACCAGCGCGUGGGCAUCCUGAAGCCGCAAGGAUCGCUGGAGCGGGCGCGCGAGGAGCGCGCCCUGGCGACCGUCGGGGACCAAGAAUUAGAAGAGUCCGCUGCCUCCAAAGACUGCUCCGACGACAAGAAGGAGAGCCGGCGGCCGCGCGUCAACAUCGCCAUGGCGGCCAUCCUUCGCAAGCAGGAGGAGUCUUGCAAGCAAGUGAAGUUUAAGACUCCUCCUCCUGUCGCUGAGGAGACGGACGCAGACGCCGACAAAGACGCCGCCGACACCUCUCUCUUAGAACGCCCCAAAACCAUGCAACCCAGGCCCCAGAAGUCCCUAGCCCAAAUCCCCGUAGGCAGAAAAACUGGCGGCAUUCUCGCCCUUAAAGACAAAUCGGGCUACCCCCAUUUAGUUGAUAUACCUCCAGAGCCCAAACCGAAAGAGAAACAGCCCGAGAAAGAUCCGAAAGUCAUCCAACCCCCUACCCAAAAGAAUCAAGGCAAGUGGAACCAGUUUGAACAACGAGCUGGACAGAGGAACUACGGAUUGCAAAGCGCUGGUAUCAGCUAUAACCCUCAAUAUAGUCCGCAAGCCAACAUCAGGCUACCCGUCGUGAACCCGAAAGAGAUAGAUGUUCGUUCCGCGGCGCUUCAGAAACAGAACGCGCGCGGAGAUUCUAGAGAGAAAGGAUACAUAAGUAAUGAUAAACGUCAGUUCCUAAACGACCUGCCUCCUCGCUUCGCCAACCAACGUUGGGCUCAAGAAGAAGAAAACAAGUUUAGAGACGAUGAUUUCAGAGUCCAAAAUGUCCCAUUAGACGUGAACCUUUUCAAUCAGCCACCGAAUUGGCUGAGUAUGCCACCGCCUUUGCUCCCGUCCCAACUAGCUUCGAUCCAACCUCCUCUUAUGUCCCAAAUGGGACAGAUACCCAGUCAAAGACCGGGACAGAUAGGACAGAUGUCCCACCCAAAUCAAAUGCAGUAUCCACCACCCAUGUCCAAUUUAAUUCCCAAUUAUUGGAAGUCUGAUUAUCCACAGACUUCGAGUGGGAAUCUUACGCAGUUCUACCCGAGCACAUUCGGUCAGCUCACUCAAAUACCCCAGACACGUAAGCCGGAUCAGAACUUCAUCAGACCAACUGCGAUAGGUCAAAUGCCUAGACAUAUUUCUCCUCCAGGCUACAAUAUGCCUGGUCUAGCUUUCUUUGACCAGUACAAUCCUGUCCAGCAGACGAGGAACUACCUUGGUGAAGGGUCGUUGCAGAGUAAUAGAAGUUACUUGGAAGAGAAAUCUUACCAGCCUUUGGAUAUGGGGAGGCAUGGGCCGCUGGAUUUGAUUACCCCCUUACCAGGGUAUGAGAGACGCAUGGAAGACAGGCCGCAGAAGGUCCAAGAGUCUACUCCGAGCCCUCUGGACUUGGCCAUGCCGACGGAGGAGCCAGUGGCUGUGGGCCGCGAUUCCCCCGCGGAGGACCCCGGCACGUAUUCGCUGUUCAGCGGAGCACCCGGGGCCGUGAGUUGGGGCAACGUCACGAGCCAGCCGGGCUCCCCCGAUUGGAUGAUCCCGCCCUAUGAGUCCUGGCAGCCGUUCUCCCUCCACCCCCCUUUGCCCGUGGACACCCCAGCCACGCCGCCCUCCACACGGAGCGCCCGGGCAGGAAAAGUCUCCAAAACAGCAGUGAAGCCGCCGCACCCUUAUUUUCGACCCUUCUGAACGUAACCGAGUAUAGAUUGCAAGCCGCUCGCGCUCCGAAUGCAUCUCGACAACACUACGUCCCGCUAUGAAUUUUCCAUUGUAUAUGUCUUUUAAUUCCUUGUUAAGGACAAUCCUUCAAUUAAAAGCAAAAUUAUUGUGAACAUGUAUGUGAUAAAAACUGGUUGUAUCGAUGUGUUCCCAAAACAACCUUUGUGUUAAAUUGUCAUUAAUUAACCCUUUGAACGCUUUAUGUCAUACUCGUAUACACAAACAUCACUCAACGCCAAGCUCCCGGGCGCAAGCGAGCUAAUGUAAACCUUACCCGAAGUGAAGGUUACUUUGACAGCGUCCGCCAUGACACCUAUAGUUGUCCUUGGCGCUGUGGGCACUAGUAACGACGACUUUAGGGGUUCUUGGCGUUCAAAGGGUAAAGGUAACUGGAGAAAAAGACAUAAGACCAUUUUUUUACUAUGAACUAAUCUAUAGUUCGUGUCAUACACGAUGACGCGUAGAUUUGUCAAAUCUAACCUCUAAUAACAUGGCAUUACGUGUUAAGGCAAACGUCAUCGUUAAUGACACGAUCUAAUGAAAAAUUGCUGUCAGCAAAGUUCAUAUAUUUAGGGACUUUUUUUUGUCUAAUGUUACGUCUGGCUCUAGGGUGACUAGUCAAUGGUUCAUACUCCGUAGCGUAGUCGUCUCUCUCUAUCACUUCCAUAUUAGUGCGACAGCGACAGUUGCGUUUUUUUAACUACGAAGCGUAAACGAUUGGCACGUUGGCUACGCACCCAGUUACCUCACUUGGCGUUAUUAAGCAAAGGCAUAACAAGUAAUACGUGUUAAUAUCAGAGCCCCUAGUGUAAACUUAUUCGAUUUCGUAACGUGACGUACGCGUUUGCGUUAAGUCUCAUUUAGUAUGGGAUUAAGAAACAGCGCGCCAUGCGGAACGUUUUGGAAACUCAAAAUCCCAUACAAAAUGAGACUUAACGCAAACCGUACGUCACGAUACGCCAUCGAAUAAAUUUACACUAGGGGUACUGGACUGUGACCGCGAAAAUCGAAGUUCGUAAAUUGCGGGCAUUUUUCUCUGUCAUUCAAAUCACACCUUCAUUGGAGUAAAAGAGAAAGAUCCCCGGCAAUUUGCGAAGUUUAGUUUUCGCGAUAGGCCGGGUUCUUAGUGUAAGGCCUGAGUGGACGCUCGAGUUGGGCGUGCAGCGCGGCGUGCGGCGUGCAUGUUAAACAAAUGCAAACGUAUAGGAGCGGCCGCAGUGCACGCUGCUCACAGCACUCGCGAGCCCGACGCCACGCUGCACGCCCCGCUGCACGCUCCGCUUCGAGCGUCCACUCAGGCCGUUCGCGGCAGUUAGAGUAGCUCAUACUAUUUUUCGUUAACCGGCUUACCCACUCCGUACAGUCACAAGGCGCUCGCAAAUAUCUGAAUGCGCCUGUAUUGCGUUAGAGUGCGUGUUCAGAUAUUUUUGAGCACUUCGGGCGCUCCGAUAUAUCUGAUGGCGACUAUACGCAUAUAGGGUAAAUCGUCAAUUACUACCUAGUUAUUGAAGUGUGGCCAGUUAUUGACACCCUAUACUAAAAUUGAAUUAUAUUUAUAAAGGGUAUUUAUUUAGUCACCUACAAUAAUUUACGGGGUGCAUAUAUAGGUAAUACUGAGCAACUUUUACUAUGGGACCAACCACGAAAACGCGAAAAAAAAUUACUUACUUCAGCCAAUAUUUUUUUUAGAAACCCUAACUCUGUAGUUAAAUUGAGUUAAUUUUUAUUUUUAAUAUAGGUGGCCAGUAAUUGACGAUUUACAUCAUAUCUUUGUCAAAAUAAGUAAGGUGGAGUAAGAGGAACAACAGGGAAAAAUGGUCGCUUUUAUUUUUUACAAUGUCUCGGUCUGGUAAAAAUAAGCUGUCCCUGUUACUCUAUUUUGACUUUAUCAAUUUAGCCCUUUAGUGCAUGUCAUAUAAAAUUACUUGUUUCAUAAAAUGAUAUAAGUUUGCACUUUGAUAGUUGUCAAGCUGAAUAUUAUAAUUGUCAUCAUAUGGUUCCAUGUGCACUAAAGGAUAAAAAUAGUAAAUUAUCUCAGUUGACAAGUUGCAGUGUGUACUGUGAGAGAAACAUUGUUAGAAAAGCUUUCAUUUAAGAACAAUAUAUAUAUUUUAUGAAAAUUAAAACAUUACAUUUAUAUCCGUACAGCAUAAAUAUCUACCGUGAAAUAUGCCUACUUUUCUCCCGAAUUCGCUCCAAAAUUUUAAAUCUGUUUUUUCAUUGUUAUAUGUUGAUAUAAGGUAGAAGUACUAGUGCUCGACGCUGCACUAGUACUCGACAUGGACACUUUAUGUCAAAGUGACAAGGAUUAAGUUCGAAUACAGAAAAAUCUUCGUUGUUCAAAUUUAACCUAUAUUUCUAUGACAUAAAGUGCCCAUGUCGGUAACUAGUGCAGCGUCGAGCACUAGUACUUUUACCUUACAUAAGGUGAGGUAGGGGAAGUGCGCUAUGCCGUCUAAGUGCGCCUACCUUGAAUAUACCGAAAACUGCUUAUAUACUACUAAUAGUGCUAUACAGUUUUCGAUAUAUUCAAGGUAGGCGCACUUAGACUGCAUGGCGCACUUCCCCUACCUCACCUUAUACAGCUGUUUAUUUAUCAACACAAUACAUAUCAGGCGCGGAUAUAAGGGGGGGGGGCCAUAGGGGCAAUGCCCCCCCCCCUAAAACCCUGGCUCUCACAUUACUAAAUUGAGUAAAUUUUAUUUUCUGUGCAAAAAUAUAUGAUUUUCUCAAAAUGGCCCCCCCCUAAGCCAAAUCUUGUAUCCGCGCCUGAUACAUAUAACAUUUCUAAUAUCAACGGAUUUCUCAUGUUGAUCUGAUUCACCUCGGUCUCCCCUAAGUAUUUUGUAGAAGUACUAAGCAACGGAUAUAAAAAAAGAUGUAGAAAUGAGAAAUGUACAAAAAUAUAUAAGUACCUGCACCAAAGAAGGACUAUCAUUAUAUUCAUUUUUCUUGUUUAAUAUGAACUUGCGAAUGUGGCAAAAUUUAAACCCAUGCACCCUUAAAAAAUGUAUGAAACCUUAAAAAUAGACAAGCUUGAGAAUCGGCCCUUCUUUGGCGCAGCAUAUUCAAUUCAUAAUGUGUUAAUGCAAUUUUGCAGGUCAUUGUACAAAAGUAAACCUAAAUAAAUGCCUCAACUCCUCAUAGCCCGCAACAAGUCAACAAAAAGUAAAAGCUCAUUUUUCAACCGAUUUAUUAUUACUUUUCUUGUUUCAAUAUAUUAGAUACUGCAUUAUAUUGUAUUUAUCGUGCCCAAGUGUAUAUUUCGUCUUCAGGUAUACUGUAUACAUUAUGUAUUAAAUGACUCAAAAUUGACAACUUGACAAGUCGUAUGUUAAAUUAGCAAAUGUGUUUUCGCAAAAAAGAAAAAAAAAACAUGCUUUACUCUAAGUAUACGUAGACUUUGACGUAAAACGUCAUGACAAGUCAGUAUUUAUAGUGCCAAAGAAAUUAGUGUGACUAAUAAAUAGGGGUACCAUUUUGCCCUAGGGGUUCAAUAUGAAUUACCCAUCUUGUCCUACUCUUCCCGCACAUAGAUGUUAACACAAAACAUAAUGUUCGCUAUCUAUGAAUACAUACAUGUAUGUAAAAUGCAAGUAUUAUUGUCAAUGUAAGCAAAUGUUUGUUGUAUUUUUAUGAUGAAUGUUUAAAAGAUAAAUAAAAUCAUUUUCGUGUAA